UGUCCAGGUUCGCGGCAGCCAGCGGGCUCCGUCGUCGUCGUCGUCGUCCGCCUGCCAGCACCACCACCACCACCACCACCGGUACCGGCACCGGCAGCGGCAGCAGCACCAGCACCACCAGCGGCACCAGCAGCGGCGGCGGCAGCGGCAGCGGCGGCACCGCCGUUCAGUCUCUCCGGACAACGCUCCCUCCGAGGAGCGGAUAAUUCUGCGGUGUCGCACGGCAUGAAAUGUUGAACUUCGGACUGUAUGUUCGACCCUCUGCCACGGAUAUAAGACCAAGGGAUGGACGGUGAGAGAAGUGAUGGAGGAGGUGGAGGAGAACCCGAGGUGGAGGAUGAGUUUGCGUGUGCUGGGAUGCUCCAGGGAUCUCUGACCUCGCUGCACGCCGCCGUGCAGCGGAUAUUCAGGGUGAGGUUUGGGAUCGGGGCAAAGGAUGGCAACAACGGGCAGAUUUGGCUGAGACUACAAGGUCCGAGCAACAACGUGAAAGCUGCCAAAUUGUUUGUGAAAGGAGUUGUGAACCAGGAGGAGCAGAAGGAGGUGUCCUACCCCAAGGUCCUUCACUGCAUCUUCUGUGGAGCCAGAGGGCUGUUCAUGGACUGCCUGAUAAAAAGCACCUCAGCACAUAUAGUGGUUGGCUCUCCAGGAUUCCUGCUUAUAUCAGGUCUGGCGGAGCCGGUGGUGCGAGCCUACUCCCUUAUUACGGACCUGGUGGACAGAUAUGAGGGGACACUGUCCAGACGCUCUGAGACUGGGGACAGGGGCUCAGGCGAGUCCCUGGAUUCACGCCGGGCCUUCAAAAUUCUGGUUGAGAAAUGGGAGGACAGGCACAUCCUGGAUCUUCUGGUGCUUCCAGGGUCGGUGAAGGAAAUCUUGUUGGAUUUGGUGAAAGAAUCAGGACUUGGAUCAAGACCAAAUCCGGUAGUAACAGACAGAAACGCCAGUUUACGCGACAAAUCGGAGGAUAGAUGGGACAAACCCUCCGCCAUUACAUACACACUCCCUGAGCCUGAUCGGUGGGUUGAAGGGACGACUGUAGGUUCAGGAAAAGAUGCUUCAGGCAAGGACUCCUUCAAGUCUUUCUCCACAUCUGCAGGCGUCAGGGUGAGAGCAGAGGGUGCUCAGGAAAGAGUUACGCAGUGUCCACAGGAGGUAGGAGAAGAGGAUCAGCCAGAGCAGAGGGAAACAUUAGGUACCAAACAGAAAGACGGGCUGGGGGAGGACAAAGAACAGGAGCAGCAAUUGCCAACAGGAAACAAGGAGUUUUGGCUUCUUUUGAAGUUCUUCACAGCAAUGGGGUACACAGAGGACGUCGUGAAACGAGUGCUUGCCCGAACAGGACCUAAGGAAGCCUCACAGAUACUGGACUUGGUUCAACAGGAGCAGGAUCGCAGCGACCGGGAGCAGAUGCUUCGAGGUAGCCCAGACCCAAAGCAUAAAGGUGGUGUUACCCUCAAUAAGAGCGAAAGGAACCGCCCCUGCGAGACAGAGCACAGGGAGGAUGAAACAGCAGCAGGAGGAGAUAAGUUGAUAGGUAGUGAUGGAGAGGUGGGAGAAGCUCAUGAGGGAGAAGGGGACGAAGCGACAGGAUGCACAAUACCCUUUGAGGGAGGUAGUAUGGAGGAAACGGAGGAAGGACAUGAGGAAGACUUUGUCCUGGGAGUGUUGAAGAAAGCUGCAGCAAGCUGUGGUUACACUGAACAGAAAGUAGCCAAAGUCUACAACAUGUUGCCCGAUCGAUCCACUCACCAGCUGCUCCUGGAGCUGCAGAGAGAGGGGAGCAAAGAGACAGACGCCUUCAGGGAUGGACCGAGAGAGAUGGAUGACGUGGUGCUGGAGAAAGCGGGACCAAAAGUUGGACCAGCAGAGGACAAAGACAAGAGAGAAUUUGAUGAUGAUGGAUCGCUAGAAGUGCCAAACCUAACUCCACCUGUUGAACCAGAUUUGUCUCCUUGGAUUGAUAAACCCACCUCGUCUCACAACGCACAGCCAAAGCAACACCAGCCUUCAAACUCACAAACUCCACACCACAUCAUCCUGCCUGAAGUCAAAGGACCACCCAUGCGUACUUAUCCCUCAUCCCUAGAUCCUCCACUCACCAAUUUCCAAACCAACAAACAAUAUGACCAAACCCUCUUCCAGCCUAAUCCACCCACAUCAAAACAAAAUCACUCAACUCACGACACCGUCUUAAAUCCAAAGCCCCAGUCUUCCAGCUCUGUAAAACAAGCACUUCAAGCCCCUCAAACCCUCAUCUUCACCAGGAACGACUCGUCUCCCACCAGAGCGAAGGAAAGUUGGGGUUUCGUGCCUACUCCUUCAGUGGUGGUGACAGGGGAGCAGCGUUUCCUGGAGGGGCUGCAGACGCCCUUUGACCUCCAGCUGACAGACCAGCCUGGAGACCCAAAAGUUAGGACGAUCAUCAUCGACGGGAGCAACGUGGCCAUGAGUCACGGCCUGGGUCACUUCUUCUCCUGUCGAGGAAUCGCUCUGGCCGUCCAGCAUUUCUGGGACAGAGGCCAUCGUCACAUCAGCGCCCUCCUGCCACAGUGGAGACAGAAGAGCGACUCCAGGAUCAAAGAGCAGCACUAUCUGACUAAGCUGCAGAAGCUGGGCCUGCUCUCCUACACCCCCUCCAGGGAGGUCCAGGGCAAGAGGAUCAGCUCAUAUGACGACAGAUUAAUGCUGCAGCUUGCGCAAAAGACAGACGGCGUGAUCGUAACCAAUGACAAUCUGAGGGACCUCUCAGAUGAGUCCCCUGUGUGGAGGGACAUCAUCAAAAAGAGACUUCUUCAGUACACGUUUGUUGGGGAUCACUUCAUGGUGCCGGACGACCCUCUGGGGAGAGGGGGGCCUCACCUGGAUGACUUUCUACGUUCAGAGCACAGGACUCCUGACCAAGGAAACCACUCUUUUGCCGCUGUAGCCACCAAUUUCCCUUCUUUCAAAGCUCCACGUUCCCAAACAGAGGUGCUGAACUUUCGCGACCAAACAGUCGGUGGAGGCGUGGAUCCAGCGAGCAGAGGGGGCCGGGGGAAAGGGAGAGGGCAUGGGAAGGGAUGGGAUGUGGGACACCAGCACAGGCUGCACGGAGCUGCAGGUCCUGGACUGGUGUUCAGUGCAGACAGGAAUCCAGAGGAAACAAUAAGCCUAAGAGAGCAGCUCUGUCAGGUUUUCCCAGGUCAGGACAACAUGGUGACCCUGGUGCUGCAGUGCCACCCAGCAGAGACGGACAUCAACGUGCUGUCUGAUCUGAUCUUGGAGCAGCAGAAGGACUAGAAAUUGUUGAGUUUUAGUGUUUUCCCUGAGUUAAUGCAGGCUUUUCUUAUGCUGAAUGUUGCCCUGGUUUAAGUGAUGCAAUAUUAUUUUUCUACAAAGCAACAACAACAAAAAUACUGGCUAAUUAUUAGAUGAGUGGUUGAACGCUCUGUUGACAGUGCAACACACAUAUAAUUUAACUGCGAUGUCCUGUAUUUGAAAAUAGGCUCUUUGUCUCCUGCGUUCCCUCCAUUGUUUGCUCUUUCUCUCCACAGUCAACUGUCCAAAUAUUGUAAAAAUAUUUAUAAAAAAAAGUCAUUUAUAAAAUAGAUUACCCAUCGAUGAAAAAUGUUACCUCUCCCCUGUCCACUUUUCUUUGCACACAUUUACGUCCCUAAAGCAAGAGGCCAGAUACUGCACCAAACAUGAGGUGAAUCCUGCUUACUUGUUGUUACAGACAUGGCUGGAACCGCACCAGCUUUACCCAGUAUUAGCCCCUGUUUGACCACGUUUGUCUGCCCUAUCUCAAACAACGAACCUUGACUCGUGCUCGUCCUUCAGUUGCCUUGACUCACUCUCACCAAUCUGCCUCACCUCCAUCCUCUCCGCCUGCAUCCCUCUCUUCUCCCCAUAGCAUCAGCUUUGGUGGUCCUAUUCAGGUGAAAAAUUGGAAAAUACACGAGGCUAGGAGGGACAAGUGGAGAGAGGUUCAGGGAGCUGCUAGCCGCGGCCACGAGGAGCUAAAAGGAGAUAGAGGAUUCGGUGCAAGAGAAACGCCACAGAAUUAUCCCCAGUUAGCAACUAUCUGCAUCGAUCAGACACAUUUCUGCAUCCCUUGAAUCAGUUAUCUGCUGAAGAACUGUUGGAAUGACAAAGUGUAAAAUAACGAUGACAAUCCACCUUCUUUGUCACUUGGGACAAAUAGAUUAUGGAUAAUUAAAUCUGUGGUAAUUAAGUAUCCUACACAAAGGACUCAAAGGUUCUGUAGAGCAGACCAGGUUUUUUCAGCAUUGCCAGUACUACAGGUCUAGGGAGGGGAAUGUCGGUUGUUCGGUCCACCGUUUUUUGUUUCAGACUCAAGUAUCUCAACAUUUUGUGGGUGCCACCAACAGGUCAAAGUUUUCACUCUUCAUCUGAGAUAUCUAAACAUCUUCUCAGUGGAUGGGCACAAAAGUUUGUACAGACAUUCAUGGUCUCCAGAUGAUUGAUCCUACUGCCUUUGGUGAUCUACUGAGGUCGACACUUCUGUUUUUUAUUGAAAUAUCUUGACAACUAACGGAUCGAUUGCUGUAUGUAUUUGCCACACACAUUCAUGGUUACCAGAGGAUGACUGACUUCAAAGCCCUGACUUUUCAUCUGUCAUCAUCAGGUUAAAUACUUCAAUACUUCAAAACUUUAUGACCAAAUACUUGCAAAACUAAUGGCAUUCCCAUGAGCCUCAGCUGUUCUCUAUGUUUAGCGUUAAUUAGCGAGUGUUAGCAAGCUAACAAGCUAAAAUUACACAUGAACAUGGUAAACAUUAUACCUGCUAAACAUCAACAUGCUACUGAUGCAUACUGAUGUUGGUAUUUAGCUCGAAUACAACCUCACAAACAUGCUAGCAGACACGUAGUCUUAUUUACUGUCUUUUUAAAAGCACAACGAAUGCGUAAUGACACCAGGCAUCCCCCUCAGGGUUGUUUUAAUGAUUUGAGUUCACGGGGUCUUCCUCGGGCGACCACUAGUCUCUCGGAAAACCGGUGUGCAGCCGAUAUGCAUUGGUUGUGUUUCUUAUCAUGCAGCCAUGUUUAUUGGGUAAUUCCUUGUCCCAGUUUUGUCUUUUCCUAUUGUAAGAUCCAUUCUUCCUGUACCGUUUGUCUUCCAUGGAUCAACUCGAGUUGAGAAGAGAAUUAUAUGUGCUUAAAUGUGACAUUUUUUACAAGAGGAUUGCUAUAUGUGAAAAAAAGUUCUUUUUAGAACAAGAGCAAUAUUUUUAAUAAAUAUUAUUUCUGCUUUACUGAAUUUUUUGUAACCUGCUAAACUUCAAAUUUUACUGUUUGCAGACCAUCAGGUGUGAGAGGUGCCUGGGUGGUACUGAGUGUAGGUGUGGAUAGUUGUGUCGAUGAAAUAGUGCCGUGCUGGAAAAUUACUACAACAGUCCUUACAAUACUCUGUACCCCCAGUUUUAUGGCCUUUAAGUUAUUUUGACCAGGUCUGAUGUUGUAGUGAUUAUAUAGACAGUGUCUAGAUGAGGAAACCAAAAGGUUUUAGCAGGUGGGAGCUAGUGAAUUUUUUACUGACAUCUCUGUGACUGAAGAUCAGAUCCUCAAUCCGGCCAGUCAAAUACAAUUUUUAACGUAUUUCACCAAUGAUGAAAUAAAAUGAUCUUGUUCGUAUAUUUUA